AUGGCCUCUGCCAACAACGAUGAUCCCUUUCUCUCCGUACAGUCCGACGUGCAGACGACCCUCACGCAGACCCGCACCCUCUUCUCCUCGUAUCUGCGCAUCCGCACUCUCGCCUCCGCGCGUCCGAGCCAGAAAUCAGAAGAACUGGUGCAAGCGCGCACUGAUCUAGAGGAGAACCUCGCUACUUUAUCCGCCGACUUGCAGGACUUGUUGGAGUCAAUAGCGGCCGUUGAGGAUGACCCAUACCGCUUCGGGCUGGACACGGUGGAGGUGGGGAGGCGCAAAGGUUUCGUAAGGGAGACGGCGGGAGAGGUAGAGGGGAUGAGGCGGGAGUUGGCUGAUCAGAGCAGCGGCGGAAAUAAUAUAGCGGCCGGCGCGCAAGGCUUACCGUCGCCUGGCGCGUUCGAGGACGCGGACUAUAACGCGGAAUUCGAGCAGCAACAGCAACAAGUCAUGAUGGAAGAGCAGGAUCAGCAAUUGGACGGCGUGUUCCGGUCAGUAGGUGUCCUGCGCAAUCAAGCAGAGGACAUGGGCCGGGAAUUGGAAGAGCAAGGGGCGAUGUUGGAGGAUGUUGACACGCUGGCGGAUCGGGUGGGUGGGAAGUUGCAGGUUGGGGUGAAGAGGGUGGGGGAGGUGAUCAGGAAGAACGAGGAUGGUUUGAGUAGUUGUUGUAUUGCGGUGUUGAUCUUCGUCCUCAUACUGCUACUGAUAUUGGUCAUUGUGAUAUGA